GGUCAGCCCCGCAGGAACACCAAACGCGCUCGUGCUGUGCAUCCGGGUAAGCUGCCUGUCCGGCGGAGAGCAAUGUCUGCCGAGGAGACGCGUCAGGUGAACGGCUUGUUUUACGCCGGGAAAGCAUCUCUGGAAAACCUGGAUUCACUGAGUUCCUGAGCAGCAGCGGCAACAGCGGCGCUAGUUGUGGCAAUUUCAACGGACUUGUCAAACUCCCGUCAGUAGUUCAUCUCCAUGGAUUCUGUUUUUACAUGUGUUGCUUCACCUAAAGGAACCACAUGAAACCCGGAACCCAGCUGUCAUGGAGAUUAAACCGGACUCCAACUCUUCAGACUUCGACUCCAACGUCAACAGCAGCACCAUGGCACCCGAAGUGGACUGCCCGCAUAACAGCGUUCCUUCGAACCCCAUCAUUGCGAGCCUCACGAUGACUCUAGGCAUCCUGUUCAACGUGGUGGCCCUCAUCAUUCUCAUCAAGGCCUACACCCGCUUCCGGCGGCGGUCCAAGGCGACCUUCCUGCUCUUCGCCAGCUCCCUCGUGGUCACGGACCUCACGGGACACGUGGUCUCCGGGGGACUGGUGCUGAGGAGAUACACCACGGCCAAUCUGACGUCCCUGGAUGGUCCGAGAGAUCCAGACAGCCCUUGUCAGUUUCUGGGAGGGUGCCUGGUGUUCUUCGGGCUGUGCCCGCUCUUCCUGGGCUGUGCGAUGGCUGCCGAGCGAUGCCUCGGCGUCACCAAACCUCUGCUGCACGCCCGGCUGGUGACAACAGCGCGGACCAAAAUAGCCCUGUCUAUGAUCUGGUUCUUGGCUCUGUGCGUGGCCCUGCUGCCCGUUUUCCAACUAGGGGACUACACUUACCAGUACCCGGGUACUUGGUGCUUUAUUAAAGUGAUGGACACAAAUGCCAAAGAUCUGACCUUUGUGACGCUGUUCUCUGGACUGGCUUUGAGCUCUCUUGCACUGGCCUUUAUCUGCAACACCAUCAGUGGGAUGACGCUCAUUAGAGCGCGGCUAAAGAAGAAUUCCUAUUCCCAGAGGUUCUCUGCUAGAUCUCAUGACACUGAGAUGGUGGUCCAGCUGGUUGGCAUCAUGGUCACCUCCUGCAUCUGCUGGAGCCCUCUGCUGGUCUUUUCGUUGAUGUCAGCCGCGCGCUCCUACAGCGAAUCCCACCUGGGCGAGAAAGUCACCUGCACUUACAGCAAACUCAUGAUGACCGGAGUCAGAAUGGCCACCUGGAAUCAGAUCUUGGACCCCUGGGUUUACAUCCUGCUGAGACGGGCCAUCCUCCGAAAAAUCUACCGCAUAACCAAAAAGCAGGCCAGCUUCAAGGGGAGCACCUUCCGCUCCGUCCGCUGGGAUGUUGGCUCCCUCCAGAAGCCGGACAGUAUGCCGGUGAAAAAGACUUAACAGGAGACUAAUGAAACGGCCAUAAAGUCUGCCUGUCAUGGUUUCUUUGUGUACAAAGAAGACCACAAAAUGGCUAAAAUACAUAGGUUUUCUAUGUAUGAGCAAAUAUACCACGGCAGAUGGUUUCCGUGAUAUAAACUUUGAGUUGUGACUGAGUUUCCUGUCUUCGUAAACAGGAAAGACCGAGCUUCUCGAUUCAAUGUGCCGAAGUGCAAUAUUCAACAAACAAAGAAGAUUUCUAAAGAUUUGAAGACGAGACCACCAGAGUUGGUAUUUCCAGUAGCUCAGAUGGAGAAGAUAAAAAUCCCCUGCGUCGGUAUUACUACCUAUAAAUGGUUGGCUAAUGAAGAUCCCUUCCAGAAACAGAAAGUGAUGUCACCAAGACAUCUCUCACAUUGGCUGUGUUGUAACUCACGAGCAAUGAUGCUGAUUGGUCUAUGAAGUAGUGAGAAAACGUUUAGAAAUUUGUAUUGUGGACAUAUUUAACCAAACCAGCACUUAUUUUUAGUCUCAAUGAGCAACAGGAGGAAAGAAAUAAGAAAUUACAUCUACAUAUGAGGUAAAAACUGCUAAAACAGCCCAAUUUUCUUUAGCAUAAUCCCAGGUCCAAAGUGGAUUGAUUUAAUUCAACCGGCUUGGGUUGUUGUUUGGUUUUCCACUCAAAAAAAUGGGUUAAAAUGAACAAUUUGCAGUUUUAAAGAAGGAAUGAAAGAAAGCAUAACCAAGAGUCAGGAAAGAUUGAAUCUUGGGGUUGAACUGGUGGACGAACUGGUUUUUCCAGGGGUCAAUGAGCAAGAGGCAAGAUACAACCUGGAAAGAUGACCACCUGUAAUAAAGUAACAUGGAGUUGAGCAAGACAAACAGCAAUGCAGCAACACACGCAAUGCAUGUUUUUAAAUGGUAGGAGGAAGCCAGAAUACUCAGAGAAAAGCUAAGCAUAGAUAAGGGGACUUAAAACAAAAACCUAAUAAUAUCCCCCCAAAAAUUUCUGAAACAAUAAUUUACAAAUAUUUAUGAAUAGAACACUGUGUAAAAUAUUGUGUGUUCAUAACAAGCUUAUGACCAUUUCUUUGGGCAAACUGUCUGCGAUGACCCUAGCUAGCAUUAGCUAUUAGCAUGUAAACACCACUGUCCCAACAGCAUAGACGCAGCAUUUGCGGUAACAAAAAAGCCCAGCAGUGUGUGUGUGUCUGUGUUUGUUUGUGUGUGGGCGGGGGUGCGCACGUGUGUGCAAAACUAUCUGCAAAUUGUGACUGUGGUCUUAUCAUUUUUCUGGCCUGUUUUUCAAAACUGAGCUAAGAAUCUUAGCUUAAACUAACUUAGCCAAAGACAUUUUUUCACAUUAGCUCUGGCUUGUACUAGCGAAAUGUUUGGAAAUCCUGUUUGGACCGAAUCUGAGGAGCAUGUUGAUCACCUUUAAAGACAAUGAACACAAGCAUUGAACGCUAAAUUGAAGAUGAAUGUGUUAACAAGUAAUGCUAAUGUUGAAGAAGGGAAAAACUUGAAGGGCCAUUUGGAAAGCCAGAGAAAUCCAGGAACUAAAGCUGUCCUGUUCAGAGAAUGGGAAUAAACACUUUAGUCUGUAAUACUGAAUCUAUUUACUCAACAUAAAACGCACCCUAUAUAUUUAUUGGCACCCCUGGUAAAGAUGUUUAAACACUUUCAAAUAAAUUUAUCGCAUGCAGCAGCUGAUCUCAAAUGGAAAAAAAAUAGCCAAUUCAAUUUGAACAUAUUUACGACCUUUGAGGGGAACAUCCUGUAAUAAUAAUUAUUUUCCACAAAAUCACAGAUUUCACAUUUAGUGGUUCCCCUAACGGUUACUCUCAAAUAAAACAAAAGCGUUAAUGCAUGACGUGGCGCAGAGGCAGAUUAUUUUUAAUCCCACCACAAAGAGAGUGAAAUAAAUUUUCAAAGCUCACCUCUAAAGAACUGCAGCAAACAGCGGAGUCUCCGUAGCAACUGUUAGAGGUUACACAAAUCGGUGGAGGAUACGGUAGAGGAUCUGUGAUGCUAUGCUUUCUCUUUCAAAGAAUUUAAGGGAUUCACACAUCUUUACCGUAAAUAAUAAUAAUAAAUCUAAUUCAUGUAGCGCUUUUUAGGAUGUGAGGGGUGCUUAAAAUACUUGUACUCUAUUGUCUGUAAGUUUGUUUCUCAUUCUCAACUGAGGACAUCCCUAACUCUUAAGUUUUGUUAAGGAUGUAAAACUGUUUAAGUAUCACUGUAAAUAGAAAUCAUUUUGUCUGAACUUUAAUAUAUUCGUAUUUGUUUUUGAGGUAAGACUUGCAAAAGUCUUAGAGAGAACAUCUCAAUGUAAACAGCGGUUCGUUUGUCCGACUCUGUAAAAGUCAGGGACUUGUCUCUGUGUUCACAUGAGAGUAAAAGGACAGACUUUUACCUCAGCAUGAAGAUGUGAAAAUUACAAUGUGGGCAGCCCGUGUGUUCCUGUGACAGGAAUGUAGAUGUUGUGAAUGUAAAUACUGUGCGUCUGCUUUCCCCAUAAGUCUGGGGCAGUGAAGUGAAGCUGACUGAAUGUGAUGCUGUUACAAAAAAGAAUGUAAAACUGUUUAUUAAAACUGAUUUCUUCAA